GCUUGAAUUGGGUAUUUUUCGAAGUUGCUUUUUGGUCACACCACCUGUCUCCAUUUUCCAAGAUGUCCUUUAAGCCUAUCGACCCGAAGCGCGACGAGAUCCGUCGCUACCUGGAGCGCGGCAGCGUCCUGGACUCGCUCACCAAGAUCUUUAUCCGCGUGAUCAAAGAGCGCCCAGAGAAUCCGAUGGAGUACAUAAGGAACAACAUCGGCGUGGUGCGCCACCAGCACGAUAAGUACGAACGCCUGCAGCAGGACCUGCAACUGGCCAACGAGGAGAUUCAACGUCUGCGUGGCAUCAUUAAUGACAUCAACCCCGAUAUGCUCCAAGGCCAUCAGCCUGUCUUACCGGCCGAAGCGGCCUCGGACAUUUCCGAAGCCAUCGCGGACCCAGUUCCAAUGGAGGAGGGGGAAAAGGUGCCGCAACAGCAACAAGAAGAGGGGGACGCUAAUCAGGCGGCUGGAGAAAGUGCUGCAGACGUUGAGGAACUAACCACCGCUGUCGAAGCUAGCCACAUUGAGGAGAAACCUGUGGCCACUGCGAACGAAAGUGCAGCUGUUGCGGCAACUGCUCACCCCACAAGUGCAUCCGUCCAAGCUGAGGCAAGCAGCUCCGCCGAGUAGAUCUCGAAAGCACGCUCACACCAAUCACAUACCACUAGAAAGCAUUCAUCUAGAACAAGUUACAAGUAUUUUCCUAAUGUAAAUAUACAUAAAUAAAGCGGAAUACGCGAUAUAAAAGCCUGCGA